CAACUCCUCCGUUUAGUUGAAAAACACCGUCGAAAUGAACACAAUCUAGACUUUCUCAUCUUUCCAAAUUCCAAGUGUCCCAAGAUGUUGGCUCUGGCAGGAACUCGUGGUGUGGCCAAAUGCUGAGACGCCGUUGCCCGUACUCAAAGGCAUCCUCCGGCGGAAAGCAAUCCGAGAAGCAGGGAAAGUACAGGAUCGUGAUGGUGCGACAUGGGGAGUCCGAGUGGAACCAGAAGAACCUCUUCUGCGGAUGGUUCGAUGCCAAGCUCUCGGAGAAGGGGCAGCAGGAGGCCUGUGCUGCAGGCACCGCGCUCAAAAAUGCCAAAAUGGAGUUUGAUGUGGCCCACACCUCGGUGCUGUCCAGAGCCCAAGACACACUCACGGCCGUCCUGAAGUCCAGUGACCACAAAAAGAUCCGGUGUGUCACCUGGCGCCUCAACGAGCGCCACUACGGCGGACUGACUGCUAACAAGGCCGAGACCGCCAAGAAGUUCGGCGAGGAGAAGGUCCAGAUUUGGAGGCGAAGCUUCGACACCCCGCCGCCACCCAUGGAAGAUCACGAGUACUACGCCUGCAUUGUGGAGGACCCGCGGUAAGGACCAACUCAACCGGAGGAGUUCCCCAAGACGGAGUCCCUCAAGCUCACCAUCGAGCGCACUUUGCCCUACUGGAAUGAGGUGAUUGUGCCCCAGAUCAAGGAGGGAAUGCGCAUCCUGGUGGCCGCCCACGGCAAUAGCCUAAGGGGCGUGGUUAAGCACUUGGAGUGCAUCUCCGAUAAGGACAUCAUGAACCUCAACCUGCCCACCGGAAUUCCCUUUGUCUACGAACUGGAUGAGAACCUUAAGCCUCUGAACACCCUGAAGUUCCUAGGCGAUCCGGAGACGGUAAAGAAAGCCAUGGAAUCAGUGGCCAACCAGGGCAAAGCCAAGUGAUCUCUGAUUUUUUAUAUUUUUGGGUAUAUCAAAUCUCCUCCGAAGAAGGUCAGAGCAAUCAGCUCAAUGCACUUGCAUGCCAAACAAAAACGGAGGAUCGAAAGUGCCAAGGCGAAUGUCAAGCAGCAAAUAAAUUUAUUUGAUUUUAA